AGAGAACAGGGCGACCAGCGGGCCCGCCUUGCCCGUGCCUUUUGCCUUUUGCCUUUUGCCUUUGAUCUGCACGCCCAUUCUUUCGUCCCUCCUUCGUCCAUCCCUUCGCCCAUCCCGAAUCCCAAAUCCCGAGCAGCCGCGCAACGCAGCCGCUGUCGCCAUGUACUUCAUCAGCCUGCUUUUCGCCCUGUUGAUCCUUUUCUAUGUGGGCCUCUUGGCGGCGGUUGUCGCUUUCCCCGAGCUCCAGCCCUACCUCAUCUACCUGCACUGGGUUCGCUGGCCCAUCGUCGAGGAUUGGAGAUAUGCUGACGCCUUUGGAUUCCGAGAUGGUUCGGUCCGCCUCAUACGUAUCACCACCCCUGAUUUGAAGAUCAUUGGCGGAUGGCACAUCCUGCCCACGGAGCUCAACUUGAUGGUUUCGCCCGAGUCGGACAUUGCCCGGGGUGCCUCUUAUCUGGAGCCCGAGCUGAACAAGAGCGAGCGAUUUGACAACCAGCUCAAGCGAGCCGUUCGAGUGUUUUUGUAUUUCCACGGCAAUGCGGGCAACCGGGCCACGUUUUCUCGACCCGACUUUUACAAGCAACUCACGGCCGUUCACCAGGGCUCCCACGUCGUCACGAUUGACUAUCGGGGAUUCGGUGACUCUGAACGGGUGACGCCAACAGAAGCAGGCAUGCAGCAAGACGCCCACGCAGCAUACAAGUGGAUUGUGGACCACGGCGUCGAUCCCUCGCGCAUUAUCGUCGUCGGCCACUCGCUCGGCACAGGAGUGGCGACCUGGCUCUGUCGGACCCUUGCUGACCGCGGCGAGGCUGUCGGGGGACUGAUUCUCUUGGCGCCUUACAAGUCAAUUCCGGAUGCGGCGCUGACCUAUCCGAUUGUGCCGUUCCUGUGGCCUUUCCGAGGCUAUCCGCAAGUGGGCAAGCUCUUCAAGGAGUACGUGAGCCAGAAGUGGGACUCGACUGUCAACAUCCGCAGCAUCAACUGCCCGCUGCUGAUCGUCCAUGGUGGCCGUGACUUUGAGAUUCCCACGGACCAUAGCCGCACACUCUUCUUGAACGCCGUGAAUGGGCGGCUGGCCCACCAGAAAAGCCAGCCGGAGCCUCUCAACAUCCACCCGGCCGAGCCGCAGGUUGUGGGCGACUAUGAGAUCCGCCCGAUCUCUGGCGGCCGCGAAGCCUACCUGUGGACGCUGAACGAGACGCAGACGCCACUGAAGGAGUCGUCGAUGCCGGACCAGACCCAGCGGUCCUCUGGCGUGAAGCAAUCGUCUUUGGUUUGGUACAUCGAGGUGACCUACGGCGGCCACAACAACCUGCACAAAUUUGAGAUUGUGAAGGAUGGCAUUGCUGGAUGGGCCCAGAGUCACCGCAUCUGAAGGGCCGGGAUGUGUGUCCCCUCGGCCGGCCCAAUGCGAACGCUCCACAGACCAAACCUUCCUGAUACGACAGGAGGGUGCUUGGUGCAAAAGACAUGCGGGGCACCAGGACGCGACGUGAAUAAACGCACUGAUUUCAUUUUUCCGC